AUGGGUUUUCGUUUACCUGGUAUCAGAAAGACAUUAUUUGCAGCCAAUCAAGCAUCUUCAAAAGCGGUGGAUGCACCAAAGGGAUACCUUGCAGUCUAUGUUGGAGAGAAAAUGAGGCGGUUCGUGAUCCCUGUGUCAUACUUGAAUCAACCUUCAUUCCAACAGUUGCUGAGUCAAGUUGAGGAAGAGUAUGGAUAUGAGCAUCCCAUGGGUGGCCUCACAAUUCCUUGCAGCGAAGAUGUCUUCGAACAUAUAACUUUUUGCUUGAAUGGAAAAUAA